GGCUUUUAACUUUGGCUUUGGGAACAGAAGGGGGCUGUUGGCUCUCUGUCUGUCCUUUUGCCUCUCUCUCUGCCCAUCAAGGCAUAUUUGUGCAUACCCGCGACUCCGACGACGCUGAGCCACACCUGACGAGUCUUGGGCGCCGACGGGAUGCUGCUUCUGCUUCUGCUGCUGGCGCUCCGGGGGCAGCCGGGCGCGGGGGAGGCGACCAGCGAUCAAGAUUACGUCGCCAAACUCCGAGAACAAUUCGAAUACUUCAAGCAGCUCAUCCUCCACGACCUGGCCUCGAGGAGCGACGCCACCGACUUCGCAGACUACGACCUGACGGACGCCAACCCGAACUGCGAGCAACCGGCGACGAUCACGUGCAGCGCCCUCGACGAGAUCCCUCACGAGACCUGCGCCUGCAUCGACGUCGGAUACGAAUGUGAUGUUAAACAUAAAGGCGAAUGUAAAUUGUCGUGGCAGCGAAGUCAUCAUUGUGACUUUUUCCUAAACGACACGUGUAAUUCCGAUUGCAGAUGUUGCAUUCGCUGCUCACUGGAUGUCCAGACAGAAUGCAAAGGCAACGGCGGAAAUUGCAGAAAGAAAUGCGGUCAAUUGCAGCGCGAAAGUAACUUCACAUGUCAUAGCGAGUUGUGCCGCUGCUGCCACCCAAUAGUCGACACAGGCUGCAAAGCAGAGAACAGCAUGGGUCACUGCGUCGGGGACCCCUCCUACUGCGGCAGAGGGUACUACACCAACGACAACCUCUGCGCAGACCCAGGUACCACGUGCUGUGUACCCUGCAUGGCCUUGGAUUCCUGUAUCGAUGCCAACGGGUACUGCGAGAGCUACGCCCACGACUGCCUUCCCGGUUACUACGAAGAAGAGGGCGGCUGCGAGAGUGGGAACUGCCGCUGCUGUAAGCCAGAAACGGCAACAUGUUCGAGGAAAAGCAACGCUAACUACGGCAGGGGUGACUUUUGCAGCCCAGAUCACUGUCCACGAAACUAUUACCAGUCGACUACAGGAUGUGAAGACGGAGACAACACUUGUUAUUCUUGUAAACCAGGAUCGUGGAGAGGGUGCGUGAAGAACAGCAACUGCUCCGCCCUGGAAGGCUUCUGCUCAAAGAAAAGCUGUGAGGGGAGCGACAUCUACAUAGACCUUGACGGAGGAUGCGAAUCGGUGGAUGGCCGCCAGUGCUUCUGCUGUUAUCCAAGGUGUAAACGCUACUAGAUGGGAUAGCGAUGUCAUCAUAUCUUUGGGGUUCGUGUUUGGUUGUGUGAAAGCCUAUGGAGGUUACAGCCUACAUGUAUGUAAACAUAAUCACACGCACACACAUACAGACAUACAUUUAUACACACACACACACACACACACACACAC